CCCUAAAUAAGCGUGCCGUCUUAACUUUUUUGUCGCCCGAUACAUUCGGAAUUUCAAUUCCACUUUUUCCCCUAUUUCUUUUUGACCUUAAUAUUAUGGAUUCCAAUAUGGGUUGGCUGUUUAGGCGGCAAUAUAUAUCAGGAACAAGGAAUACUGAAGUUUCUUUUGUUAAUCGACUCGUAUCAAAUUUUUCUUCCUCGUCUCAAGAUGAAUAUCACAUUCAUGGAGAAAUGGGGAUGCCGCUCCCUCCAUUUGUUGCCCGUUUUAAUCCUGAUCUUCUUGGUGGUAGUAUGUUGGGAGUGGCAGAUGAAGAUGGCCAUGUGAAGCUAGUGGAUACAAACAAAACAAAAGAUCGAUCCGUCAUAAAAGAAUGGUCGGCACAUUCAAAUGCUGUCUUUGAUCUGGCGUGGAUUAACAAAGAAUCUAAGAUGAUAACUGCAUCUGGUGAUCAAACAGCAAGAUUAUGGGAUGUAGAAAAAGCUGAGACAGUAUCAAUCUUUCGAGGACACACAUGCAGUUUAAAAUCUGUUGCAGUCCAGCCAAACAGCACCAAUGUCUUUCUUACUGGCGCGCGUGAUGGCAACAUUAUGCUGUGGGACACCCGCACUAACAUGAGAAAUGGAUACACGACUCCAACUAAUACCAUACGCAACGCACAUGUUCUAUUACAAAAAGAUAACUUGAACUCAUCUGCUAAAAAGAGAAGGUCGAGAAGAGCUUCAACAUAUAGUGCCGAUUCUAAACAGAGCGUGACUUCCGUGGUCUUUCAAGACAGCAAAACUAUUAUUUCAUCAGGAGCUUGUGAUGGUACACUCAAGUAUUGGGAUGUUCGGAAAAGUUAUUCUACGCAUAAAACUGAACCAAUUGCUUUUCAUGUUAUACCAUUCCCAGGGAAAGGACCAAGAAAACACGGGUACAGUUGUUUAGUUCUAAACUCAACCGUAUCACGCCUUUUCGCGGUUUGCACCAACGAUCUUAUAUACGAAUACGCUACAGCUAAUCUUUCUACGCAACCUGUGGCUUCAUAUCAUGGUCAUAUCGCUUCGUCUUUUUACGUUAAGGCGGCCUUAUCGCCAGAUGAUAGAUUUUUACUUUGUGGCUCUGGAGACAACAAUGCCUACAUAUGGAGAACAGAUAUGGCUACUACUCCCCCUUGGGUGUUGAAAGGCCAUUUUGGAGAAGUGACAAGUGUUGCAUGGUCGCAAUCUAACGGAGAGAAGAUUGUAACCUGUUCUGAUGACAACACGUUUAGAUUGUGGCGCCUAUUUCAAGAACAACCAGAAGAUGAUGUAACUCAAAAUGUUGGUACAUGUGAGCAAAAACAACUGACGAACGAGAAAGGUACUGAAGAGAUCAUCGAAGCACAACCAAUGAAACAUAAGUCCUGCUGCAAACCUGUUAUUUCCAAUUUAAAGCACAGAUUGGGAUGCUCUGUACUACCCGUUGUUUUGACCAAAGAAUCAUUAAUGUCACCGUUGUGUAGGACGCCUUGUGAGAGCACGCAUUGUUUAGUCGAAUCACCUUCUGUUACACCCAAACAAACACCACGGCAAAAACUUUUCACCCCAACUUCAUUGAACCUGAUGACCCCAACCUCCUCAUCUUGCAUUCGCAAAGACCCAUUGACACCGAAAUCUUCACGUUCUUUUAUGGAGCUAUGGCUUAAGUCUCCUUCAGUGAGAAUUAAAUCAGAUUCAAUCGUGCCAACCGAAAACGAAGAGAUAUCAGAUUUCGACGGGAAAAAAUUAAGAUCACAUAAGCCGACCGAUGCUGAGCAAACGACAAACGAUAAAACCGACGACGUAAAAACAACUCCGAAGUUAAAAGCGCUUAAAUCGUCGGAUAAACCCCGCAGAAAGAAACGUAAUGCAAGUACUCCUUCGGAAAAUAUAAAAACAUUGAUUUUAUCGACGAAACGAAAACGAGAGAGUAUCGAAGAAGGAAGCGAAAAUCAGACUGUUAAACUUGCAAAGAAAGACAAAGAAAAUAAAUGUGCUAAAAGCAAUAAUAACAGUUCAAAUGUUAAUAGUAAGAACGAAAACAAAGUUAUAGUGGUUGAAAAACGGGAGUAUCGUAAAUUUAAAGAUUUGCUCGACCACGCGGAGGAAACCGCGCGCACAACAUAGGUUAUUUAAUUUUUACUUGUAAGAUAUAUAUUUGUAUAUUUUGAUUUGAUUAUAUUUUAUUCACCUUAUAGAA